AUGGCAUCAAUUCUCUCGGGAGUACUCAGGAGGCUAGAGGGAAAGGUUGCACUGAUCACUGGAGGAGCAAGUGGCAUUGGCGAAUGCACAGCCAAAACCUUCAUCAAACAUGGAGCAAAAGUCGUGAUCGCCGACGUUCAAGAUGACCUAGGCCACGCAGUUUGUGAGGUCUUAGGGCCAUCAAAUUGUACCUAUGUUCAUUGUGAUGUCACAAACGAAAACCAUAUCCGAGAUGCAGUGGACAAAACAGUUGCAACUCAGGGGAAACUGGACAUCAUGUUCAACAAUGCUGGAAUAUCCGACAAUAGCAAGGCCCGGGUCAUUGACAACGAGAAGGCAGACUUUGAACGCGUCCUCAGCAUCAAUGUAACAGGCGUUUUCCUAGGCAUGAAACACGCAGCCAGGGUUAUGGUCCCGGCCAAAAGUGGUUGCAUAAUCUCAACCGCGAGCAUAAGCUCACAAGUUGGUGGCGCAGCGUCCCAUGCUUACUGCUGCUCAAAGCAUGCAGUUUUAGGCCUCACUAAAAACUUGGCAAUAGAGCUCGGACAGUUUGGCAUUAGGGUCAAUUGCUUAGCACCCUAUGCGCUUGCGACACCUUUGGCCAAGAAAUUUAUAGGGCUUAAUGAUGAUGAAGUACUCGAAAACGCCAUGAACUCAUUUGCAAACCUCAAGGGUGUGACCCUUAAAGCAGAGGAUGUUGCUAAUGCAGCCCUCUAUCUGGCUAGUGAUGAGGCAAGGUACAUCAGUGGACACAAUCUCUUCAUAGAUGGCGGUUUCAGUGUAUACAAUUCAGCAUUCCACAUGUUUCAGUAUCCAGAUGCUUGA